AUGGCCGAAUUAACCAUGAAUCAACAUAAUACUGAAAUACUUUUUACAACAGAUACUAUUAAUAAGAAAAAUAAAAUAAAAGCUGAUCGAAUUUAUUCGGAAUCAUUUCUUACCAAAGUAUCACAAUGUAUUAAGAUUGCCAAUACUAUUCAUACGAAUUAUGGUAUUGAUAUUUUAGAAACGAAUGGUAGUUUUGAAAUAACAGAUAAAGUUAUUGAUCGUCUUGAUUAUUUAUCAUCGAUAUAUCUUCCAAACAAUAAGAAUAAUAAUGCUGAUACUUUUUCAAAUUCAUCUGAACAACAUGAUAAAUAUCUACAAUCAACAACGAGUGAUAAGAAUGAAAUGAUGAUAACAAAAAGUCAUAUUAUACCAAUUAAAUUACCACCAUUAAUUGAAAUGCAGCUUAGAAAUAAUCGACUUCUCCGGGAAGCUAUCAAUGACUAUAGACGUUAUGAACGAUGCAGGAAUUUACUGAAAAAUAAAAAAUCAACUUCAAUUAAUUCAGCAACUAACAAAGAAGACGAAGAAGAUGAACAGAUUUUAAUGAUCGAAGCAGAAUCUCUAUGCCCUGUAGAAUCAAAUACUACUCACGAUUCGCUUCCAUCAGCAAAUCCUAUACAGUUAAUGAAACAAAGUCAUAAUCAAUGUAAAAAUAAAAUUAAUAAAUCAAUGGCCGAAUUAACCAUGAAUCAACAUAAUACUGAAAUACUCUUUACAACAGAUGCUAUUAAUAAGAAAAAUAAAAUAAAAGACCAUCGAAUUUAUUCGGAAUCAUUUCUUACCAAAGUAUCACAAUGUAUUAAGAUUGCUAAUACUAUUCAUACUGAUUAUGGUAUUGAUAUUUUAGAAACGAAUGGUAGUUUUGAAAUAACAGAUAAAGUUAUUGAUCAUCUUGAUUAUUUAUCAUCGAUAUAUUUUCCAAACAAUAAGAAUAAUAAUGCUGAUACUUUUUCAAAUUCAUCUGAACAACAUGAUAAAUAUCUACAAUCAACAACGAGUGACAAGAAUGAAAUGAUGAUAACAAAAAGUCAUAUUAUACCAAUUAAAUUACCACCAUUAAUUGAAAUGCAACUUAGAAAUAAUCGACUUCUGCGAGAAGCUAUCAAUGACUAUAGACGUCAUGAACGAUGCAGGAAUUUACUGAAAAAUAAAAAAUCAACUUCAAUUAAUUCAGAAACUAACAAAGAAGAAGAAGACGAACAGAUUUUGAUGAUCGAAGCAGAAUCGCUAUGCCCUAUAGAAUCAAAUACUACUCACGAUUCGCUUCCAUCAGCAAAUCUUAUACAGUUAAUGAAACAAAGCCAUAAUCAAUGUAAAAAUAAAAUUAAUAAAAAUAAAAAUCAAAUAAUUCAACUAUUACCCUAUGAAAAUACAUACGGACAAUUCUAUUAUCCCUACCAAUUUCCAUCAAUCGAACCAACAAUGAUUGAAAAAAUUAUUAAUGGUGUACAAUCUAUGGCAUCAACAUUAACAAAUACAAAAGAUGCUGAAGAUGUUUUAAAUAGUAUAGUCUUAUUAGCUGAUCAUUCUUCUUCAUCAUUUACUAAUAAAAUAGCAGAUGAAGUCAUGAAAACAAUACAAAAACGUUUUAUAACACGUAAACAAGGUGAUAUAACACAUCAUGAAAGAAUACAUGUUCGUAUGGCAUUGGAUUUAAUCUUUGCUGAUAAUCGUUUAAAUGGUAUAACAACUAUUUGUCGAUCCGAAUCUCUAAUUUUAUCUUGUAUGCUUCGAAAAAUUCUUAAAUGUACACAAAUAAGAAUGUUAUGUUCAUACGCUGAUGUCAUAACUACACUUAAUGAAUCUGAUUCUCAUCAAAUACAUUUACGUACAUUUAAACGAAUAUCUCUAUCAUCCGAUGAAUUCAUUGAAAUUAUCGGUGAAAUGUAUAAUACAUCUUACGAAACAAUUGAAACAAUGAAAUAUUAUUUAGAAGCAAAUGAUAUUAUUGAUAUGAAUACGAAUCUUAUUCAUUCAUCAAUAAGAAUAUCGAAACAAAUCGAUGAAAUGAUAAAAUAUAUUUUCUAUGAAGAUGCUAUUAGAUUAUUAUUAAAAUUAAUUGUUGAUCGAAAACAUAUGAAUGAUAAUGAUAUAAAUAAUGAAUAUAAACAAUUUAAAUUAAAUCUUCCAAUAAAACUAAAUGAAUUAUAUCAAUCAAUUAAGAAAUUAAAUGCUUUUAUGUCUACAUCUCAAGUACUGACAGCUAUUCGAAGACCAUAUCUAUCUCAACUUGCACAACGAUCAAAAGUAAAACCAAUUACUGUCAGUGAUCUACGUGCAAUAAUUUCUCAAAUAUGGUUAUUACCAGAAAAUUUCGAUACAUUGAUUACUGAGAAUACGAUUACAUCAGAAGUAUUAUGCCGAUUCUACACUGAUUUUCAUGAAAAAGAAGAUAUUAAUGAACGAUUUAAUAAAAUAAGUAAAAAAAUUCAUGAUCAUUUAAACUUACAUAGUUGUAUAACACGUGUUGCGUUUAAAAUGGUUGCGGAACAUUCAAAUGGAACAAGUCUUACACCAUAUUUGGAUGAAUUUAAUAGAAUUCCUCGUUUUAUAUCAAUAUUUGAUAUAUUCGAUGAUUUAAUUAAUUCGGGUCUUAUAUCUACAACCGAACUUAUUGUUUAUUCAAAACAAGAUAUUAUUAUCAAAAAAUCUUCAUUAUUAAAACAUUUUCAACGUAUUUCAUUUAUUCGCAAACAUGAUGCUGAUUUACUUGCUGAAAUAACUUUAAUUAUACGUGAAGAUAUUUUAAUUGAUUACUUAACACAACGAGCUAUGAUAAUGAAACAAGCUUAUAUUAAUUGUAUAUUAAAUAAUACUGAACGUCAACAUUUUAUAACAAAAAAUCGAAUUAAAUCAACAAAUAGAUUAUCAUCUCUAUCAAUUCAUAAAUUUAUUCGUUAUUUUAAUCUUGAUCCAAAUUGUGGUAAAAUAUUCUUUUGGAUGGGUUUAACAGAUGAAAAUAUCGUUAAAACAUUAAUUGAAACAAAAACUUUUGUUAAUGAAUAUAUGCUUGAUGGAAUUUACAAUAAUUUUCUCACAAGACUCCAUGAUACAUUAGAAUCUGGUAUUUAUAAUAUAUCUGCAGAAAAUUUAUUAAAUUUUGAUCAACAAAACGAAUAUUUAAUACCUAUACAACGAGAUUCUAUUUGUAUGGUAUAUAAAAUCGAUAGUAAAAAGUUGUAUAAACUUGGUUGUUAUUUAACGUAUGAACAAGCAUCUAUUCUUGUUGAUUUUGCUGAUCCACAAUAUGAACAUGAACUUUCAACUUUAAUUACAAUACAUGAUAUUAUUUCACAGGAAGAUUUAAAAAGUUUAUUAAUAUUAAAUAAUUAUGAAAUUAAUCUUGAUGAAAUUUCCAAAUUAAUUCUUCAUAAACAACAAGUAAUUGAGUGUAAAAUUCUUCUUGAAUCAUUUCAUCAACGUAUUAAUUAUCGUCAGAAACGUUUUAAACGUGUUAAAAACUUGCAAAAACUUCUUCUUGAAUCAUUAUUAUUCAAUCAAUUUAUAGAAAUGAUUGCUAGUUUAGGUAUAGAAUAUUUUACACGUACUGAACUUGAUUAUCUUGAAGAAAUCAAACUUAUUGAUAUUGGCAUACUUGCACUUUUACUUACAUUACCAUCUUAUAACUCUUUAAUUCAUCAACAUAAAUAUGAAUGGUUUCAUGAUCAACAAUCAUCAUCAUCUACACAUCAUAGAAAUUAUUUACAUAUUCUUGAUCCAAUCAUUGAAAAAUAUUCCAUAUUUCUAACUACUAUUAUCAUACGAAUGAUCUCAAAUAAAGAACGUUUUUCAACAAUAAAUGAAAUAUUACUAUUAAAUCUUGAUGAUUAUUUAUCAACAGAAGAAGUUCUUAAAAUUUGUGCUUAUGAACAAAUAAUAUCACAUGACGAUAUUUUACAUAUUUGUCAAGAAACAUUUCCAAUCAUUCCAACAUCAAAUACUAAUGAACAAUCUCAACCUAGUAGAAAAUCAUUAUCUGUUAAUGAAGAAACAGAUAUUUCACUUUGGUCAAUACCUGAUUGUUAUACUCGAAAUAUAACUAUGUAUUCUCAUGAUCCUAUUCUUCAACAAAAAUUAAAUCAAACAAUUCUAUUAACUAUAUUUGAUUAUAUACUUCAUUUCAAUCAUCGAAUUACAACCAAUAAAUAUUUACGACAAUUAUUUAAUGAAUUUAAACCUUUAGCUUAUUAUAAAGCUCAAUUAAUAAUUGAAAAAGAAAUCACAGUUAUUAAACUAUUAUUAAAAACACGUCAAAAACAAACAACAUUAAAUAUGCAUGAUUUAAAUAGAUAUCUUGAAUUAUAUCCAAUUCCAUGUAGAUUAGAUAUUAUUAAUGAAUUAUGUCAUAUAAAAAUUCUUUCACAAUCUCUUGUUAAUGAUUAUUUAAUGAAUCAAUGUUAUGAAUUAAAAAUAGCUACACCUGAAAUUCAAACUAUUUUUCUUUUCUAUAUGAUGAUCAAAUUAAUUCGACAAGAAGGUUAUAUUGAUGAAAUAAAUUUAAAAAAAAUUCUUAAUCAAUAUACAAAUGAUACUAUUGAGAAAAAAUUAGAUAUAAUUAAUAAACAAAUUUUACGAAAUGGGCUUCUUACAAUCGAACAAAUAACUCAUUCAGCAAAUGAUUUUUUUCUAUAUGAUUAUUUCAAUGAAGAUACACUUAAAAAUCAAUCGAAUGAAUAUAAAACUGUCAUUCAAGAGCAAAUCUUAAGUAAUAUUCUUCAUCAAGAACGAUUAACAAGUACUCAGUUCGAAUUAGUUCUUAAUCAAAAUAUACGCCGACGCCAAGUUAUUCAAACGAAUAUAUUAAGUGAUCAAUUAAAACAUAUUAAAAUAGUUAAAGAAAAAGUUCAACGUAAAGUCGAUCAUGUUCUUUCAAAAAUGGAUGAUAAUACACAUAUUUAUUCUAAAAUGAAACAAAUUUCGUCUCGUUUAACAUCCAAUAAUCUUACUAAACAUGAUCUAUCUCUUGCAAAUGAACAGCAAAUAUCAACAAUCGAUAAAAAUGUAACAUUACCAGAUUUACGAUCAUUACGUCAUAAUUAUAUUCAAGCAAAAAUACCAAGAAAUCAAUUACAUCUAUUAGUUGAACAAGGUGGUUGGACUAAUGAUAUUUAUCUUGAAUUUAAACGUGAACUUGAUAUUAUUGAUUCUGAUAAUUCAUUAGAUCUUAUUCGAUAUAUAACAAAAAAUAUCUCGUUAUUAAUUAAACAAAAUGGUUCAAUUACAGAAGAACCAUUAAUAAAAUAUUUUCAAGAACAUCAAAUUCUAUUUCUUACAGAUUUCGAAUUAUUACUUACUCGUUAUGGUAUGGUAUCAUUAGAAGAUCUUAUUGAUUUAUUAGUUGUUAGUAGAUUAGCUAAAGCUGAUGAAAUAAAAGCUUAUGCAAAAAAUAUAUUCUGUCUUAAUAUAAAUAAAUUCAUUGAAAUCUCAAAAUCUCAUGAAGAUAUGUUAGUCAAGAAACAUCAUGUUCAAAACAAUUUAGAGAAGAGAUUAUGUAUAACAACAACUGAUCUUUCUCAUCUACUUAAUCAUGUUCUUAAACUUGAUCGUCUUAAAAGAAUUCUUGACAUGAUACCAACUAUUAAAAAUUAUCUACGUUUACAUCCAAUUAAUACAUUCAAUGCAGUUAAAGCAUUGAAACUUGAAUUUGAUUUCAAUCAUUAUGAUAUGAAAUUUUUACGUGAUUUAAAAUUAUUAAGUGAUACAUGGUAUAAACGAUAUUUGUUAUCACGAACAAGUGAAACGGAUGCGAAUAUUUCAGAACUAAUUAAUGAUGAUGAUCAAGAACAAGAAGAUCGACGUGAAUUUAAAUUUCGUUCAAGUUUAGAUGAAGAUUUUGAUUUUAAUGAAUUUAUGGAAAAUGAAGAAUCACAAUUAAAUAUCAAUGAACAACGUAAACAAAUUUAUCUAGAACAAAUUAAAAAACGAAAAGAUCAAAUCGAUUUAUAUAAAUCAAAAAUAUCUACUGAUGAUGAUAAUCUUCAAUUAAUUCUGAAUCCAGAUGAUUUUCAUAAACAAGAUGAGAAAAAAGAUCAACUACGUGUUAUUGAACAAGUCUUUCUAAAUGCUUCAACUCUCGAAUCUCAACUUUUACUACCUUUUAUUUCCGAUGAUCAAAAACGAUUAUUUAUGCAACUGGAUUUUGCUAAAGAAGAAAAUAUUGAAGAUUAUCAUAGAUUAUAUCAUUCAGAAGACAAAGUAGACUCGAAGAAGAUACUAAAUGAUACAAUAAACAAAGAACCUGAACAACCCAUAUUAUCUUUAGAUGAGAAAUCGUUUUCUAAAGAAUCAGAAAAAGAUAUAGAAAUUGAACAACAAAAAUUUUAUAUUGACAAUCAAUCAUCAGUAGAUUUUGAGAGUAAACAAUCUGUACAAAAACAAUUGAAAGACACACAACAAAUUAGUAUACAACCAUUAUUUGAAAUUAGAAAAUCAUCUGACUUAUUGAAUAAUAUACCAGAAGAACAAGACGAAGAUGAUAAAACAAAAUUAGAGUCCGUAACCAUUAAAAAAGAUACUUUUGUUGAAAAAGAAGAAGAACAACCUUCUAUUCUAUUUGACGAUGAAAAAGUUCCAUUAUCAAUUGAAGAUUUACACUCACAGCCAAUGCCAACCGUAUUAUCGAAUGCUACUGAAGAUCUUAGUACUUCUCUUCAUCAAUUAAUUCAACAAAUGACAAAUGAUGAACAAAUAUCAUUAAAAAGAAAUCUCAAACUCAUUCGUGACAUUAUCGAACAUUGGCUUCAAACUACUUUACAAUACGAUACAUUAAUGAAUCCAAUCGAUAAUCCACAUCAAUCUAUGAAUGAAAAUGAGUUUCAUACAAAUCAAUUGAUCACCUAUUUUCAUAAUGAAAUCGAACAAUUUUCUAAACAUAUUUCUUCUAAUUCUUUAAAUUUUUCAAAACUAAAAACUAUUUUUCAACAACGAAUAAAUCAUAUGGAAAAUAUUCUAAAAGAAAUAAAAAAUCAUCAAGAUAUAAUUCAACAAGUUGAUAAACAAAUCAUUGAAAUCGAUCAAAUGAUUAAUGAGACAAAAUCAAAAUUUGAAAUCGAAAGUUUAAAUAAUAAAUUUAAUAAAUAUAAAGAAGAUUUUAUUGAAUUGAAACAACAAGAAGAUUUUCAAAUUCAACCUAUAUUACGAACACAACUUGAAUUAGCUAUUCGUACAAUUGAUACUGAUUUAUACUUAAUAGAACAAAUACUCGAACAAAAAAUCAUAACCGAUAUUAUUCCAAUAACAUCAUUGAUUACAACAGACAUAGUGAAACAACCUAUUCCAUCGAAAACUUAUGAAAAUAUUACAAACAUUCGAGAUAAUUUAUCAAAAAUAGCAUCGGAUAUUAAAGCAUAUGAAGCAACACUUGAGAAAGAACGAAUAGUACACGAUUUACUAGGAAUAGAUAUGAUUGAACGUCUUCAAGUCAUUAAACAGGAAUAUUUAGAACAGAAAAUGAAUGAAGAAAAAAAUCAAGAUAUAAAGAUAAAUAUCGAUAAACUUUUUGAAUUUGAUCAAGAACAAAUAGAAUUUAUGGACCAGCUUAAAGAAAUUCAUGAACAAUUAGAUAAGCAAUCAAAUAAAAUUCAACAAAAUUUAUUUAAUAUUAAUACUGCUCGUGAUAAUUCAAAUCAUCCAAAUUUUUCAUUAGAUAUUAAAUUGAAAUAUUUUCCAAUUGAUACCUGUGGAAUUUUAAUGAAACAAUCAUUAUAUCUUGUUGAUGAACAAAACAUGCCUCUAUCAGAUAAACUUCAUCUCAUUCGAUUACCAAAUGAAUUCGAUCGAUUUCAGAUAUCCAAUGAUAAUUACGAAUUAAUUAUUAUUGAUAAUAAUAAUAUACCAUUAUCCGAUCCUGUUACUUUUAAACAAUUAACAUCUGAAUUAAUUCAAUUUGAAUAUACUAAUAAUGAUCAACGUACUAUUCAAAUAUCAUCACAUGAUUCAAUAAAUAGAUCCAUUAUGCUUAAUGUAAAACCACUGUCUUUCGAUAAAUCUCCAACAAGUAAAUUGCAUUAG